AGAGGAGGGCGCUCCUUCAUCUCAGACUGAAACUUUGGUUCUCUGCUGCUGAGAGCCGUCCAGCUGUGGAUGGAGAACCUAACAUUCACUCCUCUCACUCAGCCGAUUGUGUUUGAACUGGAGGGCUUCGACGUUCCACCAGGACAUGGUCCGCUCUUCUUCUUCUUGGCCCUGUUUGCCUACAUGGUGGUGCUGCUGGGGAACGGUGUGGUGAUCUGUGUCAUCAUGACGGACCGGAGCCUGCACAGACCCAUGUUUGUGAUGAUCUGCCACCUGGUGGUCUGUGACCUGCUGGGCGCCACGGCGGUGCUUCCUCGCCUCAUGAUGCACUUCUUGAUGGGGCAGAAGAAGAUCAGCUACCUCCCAGCUAUUGCUCAGGGUUUCUGUGUUCACACGUACGGCGUUGCAAUGCAGACCAUUCUGGGAGUGAUGGCUGUUGACAGGUAUGUGGCAGUGUGUGAGCCUCUCAGGUAUCACUCCAUCAUGACUUCGGCUCGGCUGCACAGCUGCUGCGCUGUGGCCUGGAUCGUUGCUCUGCUGCUCAUCGCUGUGCUCUUCUCCUUCCACAUGAACGUCCCGCUGUGCGGCCACAUCCUUCAACACGUCUACUGCACCAACCGGAUCAUAAUGAAUCUGGCCUGCACACCCACUCCCAUGAACGACAUCUAUGGUUUAGCCAUGACCUGGUUUGUGAGUACAGGGAUGUUCAUCAUCAUCGCCUUUUCCUACAUCAGGAUCCUGGCAGCUGCUUUGAAGCAGGGCAGGACCGACAGCAGCAUCCGCACCAAGGCCUUCCAGACAUGCGCGUCACACCUUGUGGUUUAUGUGUUUUAUGAAAUAGCUUCGCUGAUUAUCAUCGUUAGCUACAGAUUUCCAUCUGCCACUAAAAACAUGAAGAAGUUUCUCAGCAUCCUGUUCAUCAUCGUCCCUCCGGCCAUCAACCCCAUCAUCUACGGGCUGGUCAGUAAGGACCUGCGCUCCAGCAUCAUCAAGCGCUUUUCUACCAGAACCGCUCGCAAGAACAGACUCUUUGUCCCACAGUCGGAGGAAGACUACGUCUACAACAGCUUCACGCUGCAGCUGGAGAGUCUAAAUGUCUCCGGUGGAUCCAGAUAUGCUGCGUUUGUCUCCAUCCUUCUCUCCUAUGUGUUCAUCGUUGUUGCAAACGUUGGUGUUGCCGUCCUGGUUUUUCUGGACAGGAGCCUGCACCAGCCCAUGUACCUCCUGCUCUGUAGCUUAUCGGCCAACGACCUUUUUGGGAACUCUGUCGUGUUGCCCCGCGUGCUGCUGGACGUCCUGCGGCCGCCCGCCGACCGCCUCAUUGGUUACUACGAGUGCGUCCUCCAGGCCUUCAUCGUCCACAUGUUCAGCACCACCUGCCACACGGUGCUGAUGGCCAUGGCCUUCGACAGGUACGUGGCCAUCGGCAACCCUCUGCGUUACUCUGCCAUAAUGACCAACAGGAUGGUGACGAAGCUGACGGCGGGGGCCUGGGGUGCGGCGCUGAUUCUGGUCGGGAUUCUGCUGGGUCUGACGGUCCGGCUGAGCCGCUGCAGGACGUUCAUGAGAAGCCUGUACUGCAACAACGCCUCAUUGUUUCUGCUUUCGUGUGAGAACGUUUUCAUCAACAACGCGUACGGCCUGGCCUUCACCGGCGUGCUGUUCACCGCUUCCAUCGGCAGCAUGGUGGUGACUUACACCAAGAUCACCGUCGUCUGUCUGACCAGCAAGAGCGCAACUCUGAACAGGAAGGCGCUGAAAACCUGCACCACACACCUGCUGGUUUACCUGAUCAUGUGUCUCAGUGGGAUGAUCAUCAUUAUCCUGCAGCGCUUCCCUCAGUAUGCAGAGGAAAAGAAAGUUGCAGCCGUUUUGUUUCACAUUGUUCCUGGCGCCUUGAAUCCCGUCAUUUAUGGCAUGCAGUCCAAAGAGAUUCAGAAAUAUUUUUCUAGGAAGUUUUACUCCAAUAAAGUUUUGAUGUCGCCUUAA